ACCCAGCACGAUAUACAGUCCGAUUUUUUAUUUUUCACCUCCCAGCACCAAUCCUCCGACAUAUGAGGUAUCUGGUAUUCUUUUCGUAACCCUACUAGUCAGUUGCUUUUACAAUCUAAUUUCGAAUUCAAUAUCCAUUUUGCGACUGAGAACGACUAGAGCAUUGGCUAUGUCCGAUCAACUUCAUCCCGGUAUAAUCUGUGCCAUUGCUCUAAUUCCGACCUUUCUGGUUGUGAUUGUUGCUUUAACGAUUUUAAAGGGGUUUAAUCUUAUAUCGCAUCUCUGCAACUGCCGAUCGAAGUCACGAAGCGAACAGCUGGUACCAACGCUCCCUACCAGCAUUAUAAACAAUACGGGAGGAAGUUGUACGACUAUUAAGAGCAGUUUUAUCGGCCAGAUUGGAAACGAGUCGCUUGGGUCUAUUGCUCGGCCGCUGCCUGUUCACCAUGCAAGAUAGCCCGUCGUCAGGCAUGGAUAUCCCAUCGCCGCUACAUAUAAUAAAGAGAGGAAAGUCGAUGCAGGUCCUCCGCUGCACUCCCAGGAAGAUCAGCAACGAAAGUGUUGGUGAUGGUCCUAAUCAGCCAUUAACCGUUGUAAAAAAUCGAAAACAUCAGAGUAGAUCCAUUAUAAGGAAAACUUCUACUCGUGUUGAGGAAUCAGUCCUCGGCCGAAGGGCGUCAAGCUUGCAAACUGGACGACCGACAUCUCCUACCUUUCUCUCGAGGCUACGUUCGUUAUCCACUCGCAAGGCCCUAUCUUCAAAAGCCGCCUACUAUCAGUGUAAUCCUCAGGCUUGUAGCAACUCCCCAGAUGAGUCGAUACUCAAGUCUUCUAAUGGAUGCGCAACGACUAGUUCAUGGGAUCGGUCGUCGAGUUCUGACUAUUCAAUACCUCUUACACAUCCUAAUGAAUCCGAGAUAAACAGAUUCGAUAGUUGCUCUUUCACAAGUGCCCAGGGACCAGAUGGCAUCAUCCCCGAUCCCUACAUACUCGUCCCGCACGUCUCUAUUAUACCGGAGUCGAAGUCACUAGAAGACAGACAAUCGAAUAUCUGGGCAGCUAUUGAGAUAUCGGGUCGGCUAUUUCAUCCCCGGGCCUCUAACUCAAUUUAUGACGCCGACCAGGUUCCUUUCAUACCUGUUCACCAUUACGAUAUCAGUUUAUCAAGAUAUGGCUAUCUAUAUAACAUAAGGAUAGACAUUUUACCAGCUGCAGAAGGCAGCGUCGUCGAUGUUAUAGGCGAUACUACGAUAAGGACAAUAAGCCCUGGCUCUAGUCUCCUCCUAUUAGCUUGUAUCCAGCUGGGGACUUCAAAAUCCGGCAAAUCAAGAGCAUCCAGGGAUGAUCCUGAUAGUCUUAUUGCCGAUCUCGAAAACCAACUAGGGAGUGCCCAGACUGAAUACCUGCAAGUCAGGGUUCAUUAUUGUCAUUCAGGAUUUCCUGCGUUUGGAGUCAAUAUUACUGAAGGCGAUGCUAAAGGCGAUGUUUCGACGUAUCAAACUCGAUUAGAAACGGUAGCGACAGGGACCAUAAAGCAGUAUGCUUCAAUGUCUGCGUGGUCUCCUCGACCGAUUUCCACGGCCAAUUCUUUAUUUCCUAUUAUUGCUUCUCACUGGGGGCCAGUUCGCGCCAACGAAGUCAUGCAACGAAUCAUAUCCAAUCGUCUGAGCUCCUGUAGGGCAGCUAGAUGGAUGGGAAUGGGACAACUUGAUAGAACGGAAGAUAUCCUCCAAGUGCCAACCCGGUCAGGAACUGCCCCUCCCGUUCCCCAGCGGCAGGCUAGUCUCAAGCGGUUGUCCCCGGACGUAAUCUCCGACCCGGCCCGGAAAAUAUGGACAGAACUGCGCCAGACUUCCUCGGGCAACCGCCCAGCCUUCCACGUGAGAAAAGCCAACCGACUCCCCGCCGCUACGACUUUUGUGGAGGCGCCUAACUCCAACGCAACCAUACCUCAGGGGUCGGCGCGGCCCAAGUCCAGGUCCGAGGUUCAGCGGCAGCGCGAGAUGAUACGGGAGACCGCAGUGCGCAAUAGAAGGUCUAUAGGUGCCGAUAGUCUAAAAAGCUUGGUGCCGUCGGUGAUGGAUACAGAUCCGGGAAGUAGGGACGAUAGGAGUCUGAGUUCCCCAAGCCCACCUGAUAAGCAAGAGGUGCAGUGUGACAAACGCAAACGAGAGGGGCGUUGGAGUUUAGUGGGAUGGUGGUAAAUACUUUAAUUGGAAAGUGAAUGGUAUUAGACGUAACUAUAGAAUUCCGUUAGUUAGUUAAUAGGGGAACUGGUGAAACUUUUUAGAUAGUCUAGUUA